UGACACGACGCCGUUUUUAAGCUGACUAUCAAGCUCCUUGUCCUUCCCUCUCUUCCUUCUCCUCCCUCUCCCUCUCUUUCCACGACAACCAAACUCUCCUCACUCACUCACUCACUCACUCUCAUUUUCUUUCCUCCAUGCCAUACUAACCGCCUCUCCUGCUCUUCCUGCUUCCUAUAUAAGGAAAAAAUGUUUCCCUCUCACUCAUUCUUCACGAUCACACCUGUGAACAAUGGACAUUGCUGCUCCUUCAGAAAAGUUUGCUUCCACAUCUUCACGAUAUCAUAGGGACUAUAUCGAGCUGGAAUCGCUUGGUGAGGGUGGUUUCGCACAUGUUUUUAAAUGCACAAAUCUUGUGGACGAUCAAAUGUAUGCCGUGAAGAAGAUAUUUUUCAAUUAUGAUAUUGGAAACAAGUUGAGGGAAGCUCAUAUACUGUGCUCUAUGGAACAUGAUAGGAUAGUCAGACAUAUAGAUUCAUGGAUUGAAGUUGGGUUUGUAGAUAAAGAGGAUGAUAAAUCGAAAAAAGAAGAUGAUGAUUCGAAAAAGAAACAUAAGAGUGGAAGUGAUGAUGAUUUUGGUGGCUCCUCACCCUGA